UUCUUUUUCUUCUGUUUCAUCGGCUUCCUGCCUUGAACUGCAGUUGCUAUGGAUUUAGAGAAUGAGGAACUACAGAGAUGUUUGCAAAACCGCCGCUCAACUGUUAACUGCCUGUCAAAAGGUGUGAAGGACAACAAAACAUUCCCAUUUUCCCAGGAGAAAUCAGUCAAAGCAUGGAAAUCUCUGGAGAAUUUGGAGACUCCUGUCCCCAGAACAGAGGGCCCUAAAGCUGGAUAUGGAGCCGAAAGGCAACAUCAGCACAUCAAUGUUAAUAUUGGGGGUAAGUUGUUUCAUAUACCCAAACAGUGUGCCUUAAAAUAUCCUCAAACCCGAAUAGGCUCAUUAGCCCUCUGCAGGGACAAAACAAAACUCCUCAUGCUGUGUGACGACUACUCUGUGCGAAAGAACGAGUUCUUCUUUGACCGUGACCCUUACUUCUUCCACCACAUCUUCAACUUCUACACAACUGGGGUGCUGUGGAUCAUACGGGAAAUGUGCCCCAUCAACUUCGAGGAGGAGAUCGAAUACUGGGGCCUGAACUUAAAGGACACACAGCUCUGCUGCUGGAUGGUGUUCCAGGAGAAGGUCGACGAGCUGAGGGACAACCUGAAGGUGGAGAGGGAGCUGUUGGCUGAGAUCGAGACGAAGUACGACAACGCACGUUUCAAGGACAUGAUGUUCGGAAAUAUACGGAAGACUCUGUGGGACAUUGUGGAGAAUCCAUAUUCGUCAAUUCUAGCAAAGGCUUUCUGUGUGGUCUCCAACCUUUUCGUGCUCUUCUCCAUCGUCGCAAUGACUCUCAACACCGUGGAGGAGCUCCAGGAGUAUAGAAUUAACAACAGAACCCACAUGGAGUGGGUGGAGAUGAUCACCAUUGUGUUCUUCACCUUUGAAUAUGUAAUUCGCCUUGUCACCACUCCUAACAUCAACAUGUUUCUGAAGAGCGGACUCAAUUUUGUGGACAUGGUGGCAGUCAUGCCUUAUUUUGUCCAGAUGGUCUUUGAAGUCUUUGGUAACGCCGAAGACACGAAUGCACAGGAAGACCUCAGGGCCAUGGCUCGAGUCAGCCAGGUCCUCAAGGUCAUCAAGCUGCUGCGGAUCUUUCGGAUUUUGAAGCUGGCUCGACACUCAACGGGCAUGAGAGCGUUUGGGUUCACUCUGCGGCAGUGUUACCAGCAGGCCUCGUGCAUUCUCCUUUUCAUUGCCAUGGGAAUCUUCACUUUCUCUGCUCUUCUUCACUCAGCCGAGCGGGAAACCGAGGGAUCUCCUAUCAGCAGUAUCCCAUAUGCCUGGUGGUGGGCUGCGGUCAGCAUCUCCACUGUGGGCUACGGGGAUGUGGUUCCCGUCACCAUACUGGGUCGCUUUGUGGCCUUCGGCUGCAUCUCAUUUGGAAUCAUCCUCAACGGCAUGCCGAUCUCUUUCCUCUUCAACAAGUUCUCUGAUUACUACUCCAAGCUAAAAGCCCAGGAGUACAACACCAUCUUACUGAAGCGGCGCUUUCUGCUGAACAAGCGCCUCCGCCGCAAACUGGACAUGUGUUUUCAUCCCUCGGAGGAAGACAAUAACACAGAGAGCCACGGCAGACACUGAACUGAAUCUUAAAAUGACAUGUGAUAACGUGCUGCUUGUCUUCAGCGUGAAUGAGCUGCUCGGUAAACUUUCAACUGAGUUUUCACGCGUGACAGUGUGUUCGCUUCACACACUGAAUAGAAGGACGUGGAGGAUGUGAGAUGAAAACCAGACAGGAAGAAGAAGCGGAGGCUAUCUUUGCACAGAUACUGUUACCAUCACUCCUUUGUCUUCAGCAUGAAUAAACUGCUUGGUAAACUAUACACUGAGUCUUCAUGCACGACAAUGUGUUUGCUUCACACAUUAGAUUAGAUUAAGAGCAGGAUGUGGGAUAAAAAAAUAGACGGGAAGAAGAAGUGGAGGGUAUCUUUGCACAGAUACUGUUACCAGCGCCCUUUUGUCUUCAGCGUGAAGAAUUUGCUCGGUAAAUUUUAUACUGAGUCUUCAUGCAUGACAAGGUGUUUGCUCCACUCAUCAAAUAAAAGUACGAGGAGGAUGAGGGAUAGAAAAGGAAACAGGAAGAGGAAAUAGAGGGUUUCUUUGCACAGAUACUGUUACCAGCACUCCUUCGCUGUGACCCCGUCCAUGACAGUAAUCAUAGUAAACAGCUGUGUGCUGUCUGUGUCACUUAGGUCCAUUUGUUUACUAAUCGUAUAAGACUGACAGUAUGAAGUUCAAGUGACCCUAAGAGACAGGGUGGAUGCAACUUGAGUGUUUGGGCCUUAUUUCUGACAUCAGCAUCAAUGCCUCCAAAGCUUUCAUCUGGGGUUUAACCGUCUGUCUGUCGGUGGGCCAUGGUGGGUAUCUGAUCACUUCCUGACUGAAGCAGAUAACUUGCCCGACCUGUAAACACGCCCGCUGAUGUGCAAAGCCCCCGAAAAGUCAGUGAAUAUGUGGAAACAGCUGGACAUUGAAGAGACAUUUUGGUUGAAAGAAAAAACUGAGUUUGUCACAUGGUGGGCGGUGAUGAGGAACACCCCUUUUUUGUUUUGUUAACACUUUUUCCUUUUGCAUUGAGUUGUUUUUAUAAGUUAUUUGAGUCAGCUUAACUCACCUGCCCUGUUAUAACUGCUCUGUUUGACUAUUUUGUUGUGUUUCUGCAUUAAGAUGAAUCAAACCUGAGCACUACACAUCAUCCCUUGACAUCUGGUGACUUAUUUGUCACACUGUAGGAGGAAACGCCCUGCUUGAGGUUUCCUCUGUGUAAAAAUACCAUUUCCUGUGUUCUGACAACACACCAAUUAUUCAAGCACCAAUCAAACUCUGGGGUCUCAUGUCUGUCCCUUGACUUCAUCUUAUCACAGUCAUUUUUUCACCUCUUUUCCACUUUUAUUGCAUGUUUCAAUCUGAGGUGCAUAUGCACGUGUUUGGUGAGGGGAUAAAAAGCAAGCAUUUUUGAACAGGCGGCACCUGGUGUGGAUGGGACGUGGCUUUAGAGCUGAAACAAGAUUCUACAGUCAUUUCUUUUUCAAUCAGGCUUCAUUUUUUCAGAGUGCAACAUGCAAGCACAAAGGUGAUAAAGUUUGUACAUGCUGUAAGAUGUUUGAAAUGUCUCUGCUAUGUCCUAAAAGUGCAAUAUGCAUCUGCCAAAUUCAUACUCUAAAUAGGGGGCAGUAUGAAAUAAGAGCAUUAUAUCUAAUAGCCAUUUUAUUUCAUAACUGUCAUGUUCACUAUAAUUUAACAUGUUUUGCACAUAAGCAGACCUCCAAAAGGUUUCCUCCGUCAGACGUUCAAACAUGUAACCGUGUUGCAUGUCCACAGACAUCCGAGAGGUGUCCAAAUCAGACAUUACGAUACUAAAUCUGUUUUGACAUCCAUGUGGUUCAUUAGCCAGAUGUUUCAGCACUUAACCUGUGUUGUAACUCUAUAGUUGUCCAAGAUACGUCCCAGUUAGACCUUCAGAUACGAAACCUGUUUUGAGUGUCCACAGACAUUUGCAACCUCUGGGGUCAUAUAAACAUUUCUGUUGUAUGUGCUUUGAUUACCUCUGCUUAAAUACCCUGCUGUUACAUUAGCGUGCGCGUGUGAUUGGCUGCAGGUGUGUCUGAUCGUAGGUUGUCCGGGGAACUCGUUAUCUCCAGCCUUGAAGCCAAGAGUUUGACGGCCAGCUCUUCCCACUUCCCGUGGGCUCUCCUCUCUCAGCCAGAUGGCUGGCAUGACUG